CUUUAUUGAUGAUUAUAGUCAAAAAAUCUGGGUUUGCUUCUUGCAAGAAAAAUUCGAAGCCUUUCUAGCUUUUAAAAGCUAUAAAACACUUGUUGAGAAAGAGGUUGGCAAUCCCAUAAAAGUUCUUCGCACGGAUCGUGAUGGAGAAUAUAAUUCACAUGAAUUCGCAAAUUUUUGUGAAACCCAUGGAAUCAAGUGGCAACUUACUGCCUAUACGAUCCAACAAAAUGGCAAUAUUCUUAAUAUGGUACAAAGCCUUUUGAAACGGAGCUGUAUUUCGAAAAAUUUCUAGCUUGAAGCAGUUAAUUGGAGAAUUUAUAUUUUGAAUAGAUGUCCUACACUUGCUGUUCAAAACAUGACACCAGAGGAAGCAUGGAGCGAACGAAAACCAUCAGUAGAUCAUUUCAGAAUUUUUGGGUGUGUUAUAUGCCCAUAUUCCAUACAAGAAAAGGAAAAGGCUAGAUGAAAAGGGAGAAAAAUGCUUUGAUGCUCAGACUCUUUAAAAUGGUUGGAGUACUUGUGUUGGACACGAUAUGACAUGGACAUUGGCAUGGAAUAUAUGUCAAAUCCUCAAAAUUUCAACCUGACAUUUCACUGUUUUUGCUUCUUCUUCUUUCUUUUUCUUCUUUUUUUCUUUUCCUUUUCUUUCCCAUUUCUGCUCUAUAUAAACCUAGUGUCACCUCUAAGGGAGUGAAGAAAGGUGACGGCACUAGGUUUUCCCUCAUUUCUUUUUUCUUUCCCUUUUUUUCUUUUUUUCCUUAUUUCCCUUUCUGUAUCGGUGGUUUAGGGUUUUGUUUAUACAAAACGAAAAUUGGUUCCAUAUAGUGCUACUUAACGUUCUACUAAGUCCAAAUUGCAAUCAAGUCUGUCAUUUUCUAUUUUAUAUAACAUUUAAUAAUUAACUUUCUAUAAUUGAAAACUAAAUCCCAAAAUUCUAUUGUAUUCGUCUUAACUCCUUAUUCAAUACUCAUUUUCAUCUUUUUAAACAACUAUUUUUGUCUAUUCAAAUGACAUCUUGGGUCGGUAAAAAAAUUGGAACUUAAAAGACGUAUCUGCGCAGUUGUGUCCAAAAUUUGGGCUCUUUGUUGUCAUGUUCUCAUAUCUUACAUUUUAGAAAAUAAAAGAUUCGACACUUGGAUACGUACCCAUACCCUAAUCCGAGCAUCAUAAAAAAAAUGUAUUUUUCGUGGUGUUAGUGAUCAAUCAAAAGCUUAUAAGCUUUACAAUCCUAACACUAAAAAAACUGCUUAUCAAUCAUGAUGUUUUUUUUGAAGAUCAAAUCUGGCCAUAGAACAAAAAUGUUGCUGAGAACAAAUUCCAACUAGUUUUAAUGGAGAAAAUGAUGAAGCAAAACAACCCCAGUAACAACCUUUUCCAUCAAUUGUUGCACAUGAGAAACCUCAAAAUGAACGUCCUAUAGCUUCUAAUAUCGCACAGACAACACUAGAAUUUGAUGAGCAUGUUGAAGUAGCAAUUGGAUCUCAUUCUCACCGUGUUCGAAAGAAGUCGGCAUGGAUUUCAAAUUACGAGGUAACCGAAAUCAAUCAAACUGAAGAUCCACUCACACAGCUAGACACGAUACAAUCAUAUUGGUGAUUGCGUUGGCAUCUCAAAACUCAUGGCCUAUUUUCCAAUUGGAUGUGAAAUCAGCAUUCCUCCAUGGAGAUUUGAAUUAACUGGCACUGAGGAAAGCAAUGAGCGGGCCUAAUUCUGACAAUCUCAAAUUGAAUUCAUAUCCCAUGGAACCUAUUGCCACUGUCCGGUCGUGCUUCUCUACCAGGAAUGGGACACCAAGACAACCUUUACUUGUACCUCUUGCAAGGGCAUCCUUGAUUUUUGAUUCAUCUCGGGUUCCUCCAGCGUCGCUUGAGGGUCUUGAAGGAUAUUCCCACUGCUGGAUUAUAUACGUGUUUCAUCUAAACACAGAUCUUGAAAAGUUAUGGAAGCCUUCAUCACAAUCAAAAUUCAAGGCAAAGGUAAGGGUACCAAGACUCAAAGGUGGAAAAAUGGGAGUCUUUUCUACGAGAUCUCCACAUCGUCCAUGUCCAAUAGGGUUAACUGUAGCAAAGGUGGAAGCUGUUCGUGGACAUGUAGUAUUACUUUCUGGGGUUGAUCUAGUCGAUGGUACACCUGUCCUUGAUGUCAAACCUUAUCUGCCGUAUUGUGAUAGCAUCCUGGGAGCAACAGUUCCUGGUUGGGUGAAGGAGGACCAUUUGCUAACCGUAGAUUCAGUUAAUUUCUCUGAAGGUUUCUCCUCCAGUCUGGGUGAUUGUUGGUCGAUGGCGGAAAAGAAGUCACUUUAUGCAUCUCCUGAUGAAUUUGAGAGCUUGAUAAAACAGGUGCUCUCUUGGGAUAUUCGGUCAGUAUCUCAACGAAGCCGACCUCAUAAUUUCCCAGUCGAUACUGAAACUGGCAGCACUGUGGACGAUGCUUCGACGUUGGAACAUUACCAAGAAGAUGAAGCUUUUGAAAAUGGAUCCAGUGCUGUGAUUUAUCACCUGAUUUUGGAAGGUUUGGAUGUUUCAUACCGAAUGGAUUCCAAAGCCAAUGUUGUUGUUGAGAAUGUCACUGUUUCAUCUCAUACACAAAAUGGUGAUCAAAUUAUUGAUUGACAAUGUUGCACAUAUGGCCCUUAACUUUACUCAGAUACCUAACUUGUCCUUGCACAUUUAUUUUGGUGCAAUGUUACACAAUGUUUUCAAGUUUGACCAAUUUCUUCUU